AUGAGCACUAUUAACCAAGCCUGGAUUUUUAUCGCUCUCAUCACUACUUGUUCGGCGUCUUCGCUUCUUCUUGUUAUGCAUCGUGUACUUGCUUCCGCUCAGUUCGUAGCCAAUCAGCGUAGAAUUACUGCGGGCAUUAUUUAUUUCAGUAUUGUCGAAUUAGUUGCGGUGGGAGUUCCUGUCUCCGUACUCACAGCUUGUUGCUGUUUGAGCAUGGGGAAUGUCGUCGUCGCUCACUAUGCGCUGAUCAGCAUAGCUCUCUAUCCCGUAUUCGCUCCUUACUACGUGUUGAUGUCGAACACUGAAUACCGAAGGAGAGUAGUUGAGUUAACAACAAGAGGUCGAAAAGUAACUAUUCUCCAACCUGAUAGUAUAAACUCGUAA